CCGCCAUGUUUAUGUUCUGAUUCUCUGCCGAUGGUGGUAAACAACGUUAGCUGUAGCAUUAGCUUUAUUUAAAUACAAAAGUGUAAACAUUUCAAUGUAUUCUGCAAUUAUAUAGAAUUGCACUUACACGGGGAACAUUAUUGCGUCAUGGCGGCCAGCCCCCGAGAUGAUGACUUUGAAGAUUAUGAUAAACCAGGUGCCGAGAGAUCACGCAGGAGGAGAGGCGAAGAUGAUGAUUUAGACAGUGAAUUUGAUGGUGAUUUGCUCGAUGAGGAUUGGCUGACAGCCAAAAAGAAUCCCUCAGAAGUGUCAGAUGAGGAAUUGAACGACGACCUUCUGCAAAGCGAUGACGAAGAUCAAAACAUCGGCCAGGGCGUUAGCCUCAAUGCUACUCUAGGCGAAUUUGACCAGCAGGUGAACCCCGUAGACUACACAGACGACCUAGGAGAUGUAGAGAGGGGCUACCAGCAGGAGGGGGGAGAGUACGUGGAUGAGUACAGCCAGCCCAAUGACAUGGAGAUGCCAGACGGCCAAAUGGAAUACUCAGGAGAACAGGCCGAAGGCGACGGGAUUUACCAGGACGAAGUGUUAGACAUUCAAAUCAAUGAGCCUCUAGACGAUGAAUUUCAAGUGGAUGAUUACUCGGUAAGCUACAGAGAUGGAGAACAACCGGAGCAUCUAGGGGAGCAGGCAGAGCAACAGGAAGCACCGGAGGGGGAAGAAGGGGAAGACUCUCAGCUCGCAGAGGAGGCUGAAAAUGAACCAGAGCCAGAGGAAGAAGUGAAGGAGGAGGAAGACGAGGAUGAGGAGGAAGACGACGAUGGACAGUCCGGUCGGUUGCGUUUCAAAACAGAGCGCAAAGACGUCACGUCUGGCAUUGUGCGGCUGGCAGAUGCAGCAAACAAAAGAAGAAACAUUCCUGAAACAUUAGAGCUCUCUGAAGAGGCCAAAGCAGACCUGAUGGAGUUUGAGGAGAAGGAGCGCCAGAGGAAGCAGGGCCGCUUUGGGGGCCGAGGAGGAAGAGGAGGAGAGAGAGGAGGAUUCAGAGGACGAGGGGGACGGGGGGGGUUCCCCGGAUUCGGGAUGGGAGACUUUGGUGGAGGAAGAGGACGAAUGAAUGACCAGCGGCUCCCAAUGAUGCCACUGCAUAUGGGCAUGCAGCAGUCUUCUGCCAGAAUGCCUCCCCCUCACCACCAAACUCAUCAUCAGCAGCACCAUCGCCAGGGCGGCCCCGGUGGCCCCCGAGGGCCUCUUUUCCAGGAGCACAGUGGGGGCUCGCUGGCCCAGCAGCCCCUGCAACCCCUCAUCCCCCAGCACAUGGCCCACCGUAGCUCUCCCUCCUCACACGGGGCACCAGUCAGGCCCCAGAUGGACCCGCCUCCCCGCAUGAUGAGUCCCCCUCCUUCACACAACCACCCCCACCAGCAACAGCAGCAGCAGCAGCAGCCCAAGAACAUCCACAUCAAUCCCCAUUUCAGGGGCCCAGCGUCCUCCCCUGCACAAGUGCCCUUGAUGCCUCCUGCCCAGAGCCAGCCCAGACCUGCUGCGAGUCCUCAGAGGUUCCCUGGAUCAGGGGACUUCCAGCAGCAGCACAUGCCUGGUAAUUUUGGCCAGAGGCCCCCGCAUCACAUGGAGCCCUGGAGGAACCAGCCCCCCCCCGCCCCCCAGGACAGAGAGCCCUUCUUUAUCGGGGACCCAGGGCGGUUCCCUGGGCAACAGCAGCACAUGUUCGAGCACCAGAACCCUGGCUUACUCAUAAACAGUAACAACCAUCAGAUCCCCAGCCAGGGCCACAUGGCCUUCAACCAGCCAGGCCUAGGAGGGUUCAACCAGCCAGGCCAGGGUCCAGGGGGCCAGCUAGGGCUGUUCCAGAGAGAGCCCCCCAGACCCAACCUGCCUCCCCAGGGCCACCAGGGCAUGGCCAGCCUGACGGGGCUCGGUGGACCCCCCAACACCAGGCCUUUCAUGGGCCACAUUCAGCCUGGGUUUCAGCAGCAGCAGGUGCCCCCCGGGCCCUUCCCCCUGCAGCAGCUCCAGUUUGGGAUGCAGGUACGGAUGAGAGGCUUGAUGCAGCACGGCCCUCCCCACUCGCACCUCCAGCAUCACGACUUGCCUCUCUCCCAUCAACAACAACAACAACAGCAGCAGCACCACAGACAGGACCUGUCUCAGCCGCCCCCCCACCACCACCCACAGCACCAGCUCCACCCCAACGAGCAGCGGCAAGGCCCCAUGAUGCACCACGGCGGUGGGCAGGGCCAGCCCCUCUUUCACCAGAUGCAGCAGCACGGCAGCCCCAGACAGACGCACCCUGGCGGACCCCACCCACAGCAACGGAACGCCCCCAUCAGGCCCCGUAUGAACCCUCCUGCACUGAAAGUCCUUCCCCAGCGCAACAGCAACCUCCGCGAGCUCCCCGUGGCACCUGGCAACCAAAACAUGAACAAUGUCCGCCCCGCCUCGGCGCCCAACGUCAGGCCCGUUGCCAGGGCAAUGCAGGCGGGGGUGCGACCGAGCCUGAACGCUUGGCCGGUCCCCGGCGGUGGCAGAGGGAGAGCCCAGCCUACUGCUGCCAACAAGGCUGCAGCACAGCUACCUGGACCACCUGAAAGAACGGUGGUUCGCAGGGAUUCCACAGGCACUCAGCCAAACAUAGCAGUACAGGAUCCUGAUGAGGACGAAGAGACGCGCCAGUACCGUCUGAAGAUCGAGGAGCAGAAGCGACUCCGGGAGGAGAUCCUGAAGAGGAAGGAGAUGAGGAGGCAGAUGCAAGCCGGCGUUCGCAAGAAGGAGCUUCUGGAACGCAUCAACGGCCAGGGCGACCCACCACAACAACAGCAGCAGAGGCAGUUUCCACCUAAACCCCAACAGCCCCAGCAAGGUUCUAUUGCCUUCCCUCCUAACUGCACUCCACCGACGCCCCCCGCGCUCCGCCAGAACGUGAAGACCCGCCUGCAGAUGACCAAGGGCCCGGGUCAGCAAGCCCCAGCGCCAGGCUGGCAGGGGGGCCAACAGGGGCAGAACACGGGCCCCGGUUCCAACCCUACCCAGCAGGCCCAGCAACAACAUCAGCAGCAGAGGAGGAAUGUUACCCAGCUGAACCCUAUCAGACCAGGGGGACCCACUGCCCUGGGGAACAUGCCCAUGCAGGGAGCCCUGAUGGCAGGUCUGAGUCCAGGCCAGGCCCAGGCUCUGGGGCCUAAGUCAGGGGUGAAGAGAACUGUGAUGCAGCGAGCCAAUAGUGGAGACAGAGCGGGGCCACACAUCCCACAGAAAGUUAGAGUUGUCAAGCUUCUAGGAGGGGGAGUAGAUGUGAGUGGUAUCAGCGCCCCCAUCCAGCAGCAGGCCACCAGGCCAGCCCCCCAUCUCCGCCAGGGCCCAGUGAGGAAGAUAACCUUGGCCAACCCCCCCGGAGGACAGCCCAUACAGGGCCUGGUCACACAGGGGGACAGAGGGGGCCUGGGCAACAGGGUGGUUGUCCCUGGGCGUGGCAGAGCCAGAGGAGCAGCGGGGGCCGGAGGAGCGGGUCAGCUGGGGUGUGGGCGUGGCAGAGCCAGAGGGGCAGCGGUGGCAGGAGGAGCGGGUCAGCUGGGGUGUGGCCGCCUGAUGCCCACCAGACAGAAUCAGCGAGGGGCGGGGACGGGGGACAGCCAGGCCUGCACUGUGUCCAUAGACGGCCUGUCUACAUCCACCACGGACACGCAGCUCCAAAACCUGCUCAACUCCAUCGGCCCCAUCCAGAUGUUCAAAAUGCUGCCCCAUCAGAGGAAAGCUAUUGCCAAAUUUCACAAUCCCCAGCAUGCCCUGAGUUUCCAAGUCAGCUUCAACAGGCAUAUGAUAGAUUUGUCGCACAUUGACGUGUCACUGAUUGACGGCUGAAGCGAGCGGUAGAGGGAGGCGGCGAGCGCCCGGUGCGGGGACGUCGAGUCAGAUGCUUAUUCAACCAUGAGGCCCCCGUGUACAGCUCCUUCAGCUCGAUGUAACCACGUCCCUAUGGAACACUAACCUACACCGUACCCUGAUCCUCCUCACAACAAGCACCCCCAACCGCCUCGCCUGCAGACUGUCUACUGUGGAAAUCCUCAGCACAAAGCAGCAUGUUUUUUUUUCUCAUAGUUGAAUUGCUGUCAAGGGGGGGAGGUUCAAUGCCAGUUUCAUGUGACAAUAUGUUCAUGGUCGCCGAGCUGGUGACGUUCAAACUGUGACAGAAGAAAUGUGAGAUAUGAGAAAAGGUUUGAGUAAAAGGUUUGUGCAUCGGGCACUAACAACAACAAGAGGUAGUGGUUGACACUGAAUAAUGGUUGCUCCCAUCCUCGGCUCAGUUGUGAACACCAUCGAUAUCAACAGUUUGAGAGAAGAGUUUUGGAGAUCUGCCUGUGUAUAGGCUAUUGUUUUACACUGUACCUCAAGAUUUUGCUCAUUUUCUGAACAGGUGUUUUGGAUUCGAGGAAAGCUACUUGAAUAAAGCAGGUGUAGAAGAGGAGUGAGGCUUGCCACUACAUCAUUUUCCUUCUGGCAGUGCCAUUUUCCUCCUAUAGAUGGCAGCAUUUGAUAAUGAUUGUGUACACUAUGGGGUGGCUUUUUGGGUAGGCCCCUUCCUCAAGCGGCAUUUAGUUUCUGGGUAAAUGGCACUGCCUAGUGGAGAACAUGUAGGAACGUGUUAAAGCCAUUAACAGAAAUUCUGGUCAAAUGCAGUUUGAGGGGAUGAUUCAAACGUACACAUGCACCAGGUAAUGGUUCCAAGGUUGUUCGAAUAGAAUCUAGAUUGACUGGCCGUACAAAAUAUAGUAAGAUCUUGUUCCUAACAUUAAGACUGGAUAACGUGGAUAAUAGUGUCUAUACGUUAGGUUUUCUUCUGCACUUUAAAGUUAAAUGACGUUCACUGGUAAAGACUGGUUUCAUUUUCCUUCUCACUCUGAAGAGUCCAUUUUGGCCGGUAACCUUACUUGAUCAUUGAGAUUUUUAUUUAGUCUUUUAAUUGGUUAAACACGAAUAGGCCCGCCUACAUUGGUGUGAUCUCGAAAUGGGUUUUAGACAUUAUUUUACUUUUCUGAUGCACUCAACUUUAGUUUUGUAUAUAUAUUUUUUUUAGCGUAUUCUGAUUUCAUUGGUACAUGUCAGGUUUAGUGGGUGUGCUCCAGAAUAAAUUAUCGUUACAAGUUCUGUUUUAAAGAUUUUUGAUUGGGAUAAUGGUCCUUUGGGAUAAUGAUUGAAAUGCUGAGUAUGGCCAGUAGGCUAUAAAACUAUGUCAACAAUAUCUUUCACAGAUUGAUUGGAAAAAUAAAGACCUUAUGAAGCUUCCCGAUUUUUGCAGGGUACAUUUUGACAUUGUAGCAGAUUUGUUUGAGUUGCUAUAAAUUCAUAUUUAUCUGUGUUGGAUCACUGAUACAAUGAAUGUUGUUGGCCGAUUUAUAUUCUGAAAACUAUUGAUUUGGCUCAUUUAGGAACAGUUGGAAGCCUGGUUUGGUCUGGUUUGGCAUGACUUUCUGACUAGCUGAUAUUCAUAUAGAGCUUUAAUUUAAUAGUAAACUUAACUUUUGAUUUAAUGGUAAAACAAGGAUACUGGUUUGUUGUUUUUGUGUUUGGCCAGAAUUAAAAAUGUCGUAGCAGUCUUGACCUUCUCAUUGUAGUUUAGCAUUCUGAUAAGAACACCAAGCCGCAAAAGGAAAGAGGACGUUUGAGGUUUUUUUUUUUUUUUUUAACUUUCCAGAACAAAAUUGAUUUACAAACUCUUUCUAUGCUGAGUGAUUAUCUAGAUUAAUGAACACAUACAUGCAUGCAUACAUAACGCACACACAAACACACACACACAGGUCUUUUGAUGUCAUGAGGAUAUUCCCUUCCUUCAGUAGUUAAUUUGAUUUGGUAUUGAUCCAUUUCAGGUUUACGAAAACCUGGUAUCUGGUGCAACAAAGUCCAAUUUACUUCUGAAGACAACGUAUACAUACUCCAGUGUUGCUGGAGGUGUAGUGAAGUUUUUAUUUAGAAAAUAUUGUUGACAUUUCCUUGCUUCCGAAAGUGGCAAACCUCGAGUAAUAAGAAAUGAGAAUAGAACAGUCGCAGUGUAAUUGCGUUAUUUUGUAUGUUUUUGUUCAAGUCGUUCAGAGCAAUACAUUUUCUGCUUCGGAAAGGUGUGGGGGCAACCAUUAUCAGUGUAUUAGUAAUGUACAUAACACCAAACAAGUAGAACUUUCACCGAAUGUUUAUCGCUGUUUUGAGUUCUCGUUAUGUGCUUUGUUGUAUCAAGUUCACUUUUUAUAUAUAUAUAUCUAUAUAAAAAAAAACCUGAUGUGUCCAGACUUGAAUUAUUCUACUAGUGUUUCGUUUGUGUGUUGAACCAAAACUGAAGAGACCCUGGACCCCGUUUCUGUUCGUAGAUAUUUGAAGACUUUUUUUUAAGGGGAAAUAAAUAAAAUAUGGCCUAUAUAUAUACCAUGAAGAUAUGGGUAUGUGAAGCCGAUUUAACUUCUCCAGCCCACAACUUUGUCUGUGUGUCUAAUGUCUAUGUGUCUUGUGCUUUACGAUUGAAGCUCAGUUCUGAUGCAAGCUGUCAUUCAUUUUGAUCUAAUAUUUUUUCUCAAGGUAUUGUUUAGUUUUUAUCCCCCUGGUAUUGUUUCAUGCGUUGACUCCCCUCCCUGUGCUGUGUUUUACCAAAUCCUUUAACAAUUGCCCGUUGCGCAAUGAACCUUGGGAUCUAGGUGUAUCAGUAAGAUGAGGUACUUUUUAACGUAGGCUACAUAUUUCCAUUACAUACCAAUUUGGUACAAAAAUAUGCCAUUAUUUGUGGCAAGGAAUCUAUUGUAGUCAAUUAUUUGAGUAUACUUAUUCAUAGUAUAUAUUGAAUUACCCUCAUCCCUCCAACACUCAGCACUGAUAAUUUACAACGUAUUUUAAAUGCCGAUAGUAUUAACUGUAAGUCCAAAUCUUGUGGUUUUCUGCAAGACGUAGAAGGGUACACGAUGCUGAGUACAAUUUUUAAGUGGUUUUGUUUUGUCGCUGUUCCCCUUUCGUGGUUUCACGUUGACUCAACUGACCUAGUUUUGUUUUGUUCCUUUUGUUUGCUUUUUCUAACUGUAUUGAAUUUUUAAUUCUGAAUCCUAUGGAUUUUUUAAAAAAAUUAAAAGUAUCGGCUAUGCCAUUUAAGUCACAUUAGUAUACGACAUAAGUUAUGUCUGGUAACGGAGAACAGGUUCAUAUUGGACCUAUUUGUACCUUCUUUCUAAGGUUUUUAUUGCCAAUGUACUUGCAUGAACUUCAUGGUGAACGUAAUGAUUUUUAUGUCAUCAGGUUUGGAGCACUCCUCUAACGGUUUUAAUGUUGAUGAUUUUUUUAUUUUUAAAACUGCACUAAUUUAGAUUUUAAACGAGAUGUUACAUAGUGUCUUAGUGAUUGACUGAUCUGCUCAUAUUGUCUUGUUGUUUUUGCUAUUGGUUAUUUUUAAUUUUUUAAAUGUCGAUGGUUUUCGCCCUGGAACAUCCAGUGAACUGCUAUGCUGCUUUACAAUGUUACCACGGCCAAAACAAGACAGUUGGGGACGAAGUUAAAUCUGGAGUUUAAAAGAUCUCGGAACGACUAACAUUUUGUUAUUCUUCUCAGGUGUUUUGGAUGGGAUCCAGAAAGCGCUUUGUGUUUUGCAGAACCACGGCUGAGUAACCACUCCUUCUCUCCGUUAUAGGUUGGAUCCCGCCCACUGACACCUUGCGUCAAUGCUAACACUAUUUGUUUGAUUUGCAGGUCCUGUGAGAACACAAUUGACACAUUUUUCCUCAUCUUGAUAAUUCUGUCAAUUUUGCAGCAUGGUUUUGGACCUCAAACACCCGUGGCCAGACUUCUCCUUAUUCCAACCUUUUUUCCUGUAACCCCCCACCUCCAAGGUUGGCGCUGACUCAGUUGAGGUGUGUUGUUAUUGUGGUGGUUGUUGCUGCUCUUAACCCUCUGUAUCAAGCAGGGGCCUUGCCUGGAUUACCUUUGUUUGUUAGCCCAAUGGAUGGAGGUUAACAUCUCUGUGACGACACCCGGGGGUCACAGAUCAGACACACUUAAAGCCACUCGCUUCCACUCCACCCAACUCAUGCCAGCUAUGCUUGGCAUUCAAAUGUUUGGUUGGAUCGUGGAAAAGGUACUACACUGAUUUUCUUGUGCGGUGUGCUAUUGUCAAGCACUGAAAAAAACGGACUUGAAUCGUUGAAAAAAAUACCAAAAUGUAUGUUUCACAUUUGUGUUGGAAGACAUGUUAAUCCGUCAAGAUUGUACAACCCCAAAGUUUGUGAUGCAAUGUUGUUGUUUAAGAACUUCAGUGUUUGUCCGUGAAAUGUUUGCCUGUGAUGCGUUUGGACACUGAACAUUGACGCAACACGUUGAACAGUUAAAUGAUUUUUACAAAAUAUACAAGCUACAAUGUACUUGGUUGAAUAGUUAAGUGGUUCUUACCUAAAUAAACACUUAAAUGUA